AUGGUCAAAGACUCAUCGUUGCCAUCGAACGUUCGUACGUUGUGCAAACAUUACAAAGAUACCAAAAAUUCGUUAAAACAUGUUGAUACAUUGUAUAAACGUUUCAAGAGAGUUUUGGCUCCUAAUCUCCACGAUCUGGCUAAUUGUGAUAUGAAAACCAAAGUUCGAUUGUUUUUUAUGACAAACACUCCAGUCGACGAAAGUUUUUUGAAGAGAAUAAUAAUGACUGAUACGCAUGCUGAUGUUACUCGAGAAGAUGGAGCUUUGAUGAAAUUUCUAAUAAAGCGAGCGUUACAAGCCAGCUCACCGUUGUGUAAAGGCCAAAUGUGCGAAGAAUACAAAGAAGCCACCGGAUCGAAGGUGCCAGAAAGAGAUUUGCGAAAACGCUUUGUGACAAUUCUUGCACCAAAAAUCGGAAAUAUCAACAAUUAUGACGCUGCAGUACUAGCCAAGUUAUACUUCGUAACAAGCACGCCGGUCAAUGAAAAGUUUUUGAAAAGACUGCAGGAACACAACAUUGUUGAAUUGGAUAAUGAAAAACGAAUCAUAAAACUAGUGGGAAAGAAAAUGAAGUUCGAAGGCGUUCAUUGUUUUGGUGAUAAGGUUGAUAGAUACAACGAAUAUAAAGCUAAAACUGGCAAUUUUAGUGAAUAUUGUAAACCGACAGAAGGAGGCUCUCUGGAAGCUAUGAAUUCAGCUCCAUCCACGUCUUCAAGAAAUAUCGGAAGUAAAUCCGUUGCUACGAAGCAUAUAGACACUAAUACGAAAACAAAAGCUCUAUCCGCUCCCACGAACUCACGAAGUGGAAAAGACCGCUCUUUGAAAAAAGAAAAACGUCGUAAAAGACAAAAGAAGUCUUGUUCAGAUCAAUUCACUGAUUCUCCAUCUAUUGAAUGCUUGUCAGCAAUUGUAACAAUCAAGUCUGAAAAUAGUGAAGACUCGGCUCUGUCCGAGUAUAAAAUGUCAUCGGAUAGCAAUCAUGAAGAGGACUCAAUUGACUCGCAUAAUUCGAUGAAUUUUGAGAUUUUUCGAUAUUUAGCAAUAAAGGCGAACAAUGUACAACAACCGUUAGAAUUGUCUACUCUUUGGAGAGACUUCGUAGUGGAGACGAAGACGAACAGUAGUCCUUCGGAUGUUGAAUCAAGAUUUCAACAAAGUUUGGCUCCGAAAAUCCACACUUUGAGAGAGUUUGAUUUGGAAACUCGAGUUAGAAUGCUGUUCGCUUCAAGUACACCAGUCGAAAGAAAGUUUUUGAAAGAACUUAAAAAAGAUGCAGUUGUGGAGCUUGACAAUAAUGAUCGUAUAAUCAAGUACAAGUCUAAUAAAACCGGUGGCUUGAAACUCGGGGGUGGCGAAAUCAUUGGAUCCAAAACGAAGAAGAGAAGAAGACGAGUUUUCGAAGAAUCAGAGGAUUCAGAUGAUGAUUUGUUCCCCUGUGGUAUUACUAAUGAGAAGAAGAGUGAAGGAGGAAAAAAGAAACGAAAAGUGGUUGUCUAUUUAUCAAGUGACGAAGACACGGGUUUAGACGAAAUAGAAGAAAAAUCGAAAAUUUCAUCUCAAACCCAAAAUCUCACUCCUUCAAUACAUGAUGUGAAGUCUGAAGUUGAAACUAAUAUUGCUCCUGACGCUUCGGAAAUUCCUUCAGAAACGAGAUUCGACCAGGAACUUUACAUUACAGAUAACAAAGCUACUCUGGAAACUCAAGUUUCCCUGGGAACCACGAUGGCCACAGACCUUUAUACGAUUGAAGAAACACCAAUCAAUGAACAACCGAAGGAUGUUUCUACGGAAAAAAACAUGCCACUACAAAUUGUUCCAGUGACUGAGCAACAAAUUUUUCCGAUGUCCAAUAAUGAAAUUGAGCUUUCCAAUAUCUUCUUAGGAUCUUCAGCCUUUUCACACUAUCAUCAAGGCGGAAUACCAUCAAGACCUCCUUCUCAGAACACCUAUUUUGGUUCUGAAAUGUUUUCUAUGCAGAGCAUUUCUUCACUUCCCCAGUUCGAUCUCACUCCAUCCCCAAUGAAUCAGCUGUCACUAUACUCACCACCGUUUUUCGAGUCCAACUCACUACCAAUGUUUUCUAAUCCUGGUCCUGAUUCGAUAACCCUAAAAGAUUGCUUGAAAUUACUAAAAAUUCUUGUGAUUUCACUGGAAACUCCACUUCUUCAUGGUCUCAGUGAACAAAUCAAGCAAACUAUCGAGAAGAUCGGAGACGACGACGAGAAACUUCUGAUGAGUGACGUGCUUCCAGUAGCAAAGGCCGCUUUCUUCGGUUUGAGUCGAAAGUUUCGAGCACAAACUUCAGAGGAUCAUCCGAAUAUGACCAAGAAUGUUAAAGAAUUUUCAAAAAUAUUUAAAUGCUUUCUACUAGGAUUGGAGUCACCAUCUCUAGACGAACUUUUGAAUGACGUUAAAACGAUUUCGGAUAAUACGGAAUCUUGCGAUCAAAUAGUAAUGAUCAGUGACAUUCAACAAGCGAUUCAGAGUAUACUCUCUACUUUUUCUCGUUAA